CCCGCGGAGGGUCUCCUUUCCACGCAGAGAAACGCGCGCACACACAUAAUCGCGCGCGCUCCCCCCCCUCCCCGCCGCCGCCGGCCCUUUCCGCUCGGGAGCGCCUGCUUCUGCCGCUUCUGCCGCUGCUGCUUUCCCGGUCCUGCGCCGGAGGCGGAGAACUGGGGCAACGUGUUAUGGCGCGGGAUCGGGCGGCCGAGCCCCUUCCCUCGCGCACAAGUCCCGGCGAGGCGCGGCGGGGCUGGACCGAGGCUCCCCCGUGAUUUUGUUUUGCAAGGAGGUGGAGCUUCUGCGAAAUCCCACUCCGUGGAGUGAAAUAAAAAAAUAAAAUAAUAAGGAUCGGGGGUGCGGUGGGGGAGAGAAGCAGCCAACGAGCGAGCUCUCGUCCUCCUCUCCGGAAACCCUGAGAUUGCUGUGCUUCCCCCCUGCCGCCGCCGCCGCCGCCUAGCCCUCCUUGCGUGGGUCAGCCGGGACUGGGGCAAAAGGGGGGGGGGAGAAUACGCACGGUCUCAAGAGCCCAGACGGGAAGGCGAGCCCCCGAGAGAGCAGGGACUGCCGGUGCUGCUGCCGCCGCGAUCGGGGGCUCUUGAGAGAUCGGAGUUGGAGCUCUCCCUCUCCCUCCCCAAGCUGGAGACUUGUUGAGAUCCGCGAAGAGCCGUCCGCCCCCCCCCCGGCCCUAUGGAGGAGAACGGCACGGACAAACUCGAGGACAUGGCGUCGAUGAGGGACUUCGACCCCCUCACGGGCAGCAUCCCGGCUACCAAAGUGGAAGUCACCGUCUCCUGCAGGAAUCUUCUGGAUAAAGAUACCUUCUCCAAGUCAGAUCCAUUGUGUGUGCUGUAUACUCAGGGUAUAGAGACAAAGCAAUGGAGAGAGUUUGGCAGGACUGAAGUCAUCGAUAAUACCUUGAACCCAGACUUCGUGCGCAAGUUCAUCCUUGAUUACUUUUUUGAAGAAAAGCAAAACUUACGUUUUGAUCUUUAUGAUGUGGACUCCAAGAGCCCUGACCUCUCAAAACAUGAUUUCCUCGGCCAGACAUUCUGCACUCUGGGUGAGAUUGUAGGAUCACCAGGAAGCCGCCUGGAGAAACCCUUAAUGAUGGGAGCAUUUACAUUGCACUCAAAAACUGGGAAGCCCAUGCCAUCUGUCUCCAAUGGAGGAAUUCCAGGGAAGAAGUGUGGCACCAUCAUCCUGUCAGCUGAGGAACUGGGCAACUGCCGAGAUGUGGCCACAAUGCAGUUCUGUGCCAACAAGCUGGAUAAGAAAGAUUUCUUUGGAAAAUCCGACCCCUUCAUGGUAUUUUACAGAAGUAAUGAGGAUGGCACAUUUACCAUCUGCCAUAAAACAGAAGUUGUGAAGAACACUCUGAAUCCUGUGUGGCAGUCCUUCUCAAUUCCGGUGCGAGCCUUGUGCAAUGGAGAUUACGACAGAACCAUUAAAGUGGAAGUGUAUGACUGGGACCGAGAUGGAAGCCACGAUUUCAUUGGGGAGUUUACAACCAGCUAUCGAGAAUUGGCACGAGGGCAAAGCCAAUUUAAUGUCUACGAGGUGGUGAAUCCCAAAAAGAAAAUGAAGAAGAAGAAGUACAUUAACUCAGGAACAGUGACAUUACUCUCAUUUGCCACAGAAUCAGAGCACACAUUUCUAGACUACAUCAAAGGAGGGACACAGAUCAAUUUCACAGUGGCUAUUGACUUCACAGCAUCCAAUGGCAAUCCCUCCCAGUCUACUUCUCUUCACUACAUGAAUCCCUACCAGCUCAACGCAUAUGCGAUGGCACUGAAGGCGGUCGGCGAGAUCAUCCAGGACUAUGACAGCGACAAAAUGUUCCCUGCACUUGGGUUUGGAGCCAAAAUCCCACCUGAUGGGCGUGUGUCCCAUGAGUUCCCCUUGAAUGGCAAUGCUGAGAAUCCUCACUGUAGUGGCAUAGAAGGAAUCCUUGAAGCCUAUCAUCAGAGCCUCAAGACUGUUCAACUCUAUGGCCCAACAAACUUCGCACCAGUGGUUAACCACGUGGCUAGGUAUGCUGCAGCUGUACAGGAUGGUACGCAGUAUUUUGUUUUGCUCAUCAUCACUGAUGGUGUGAUAUCAGACAUGGCCCAGACAAAAGAAGCAAUCGUCAAUGCUGCAAAGCUUCCAAUGUCCAUAAUCAUUGUGGGGGUUGGACAAGCUGAAUUUGAUGCUAUGGUGGAGCUGGAUGGAGAUGCCAUUCGAAUCUCAUCUCGAGGAAAAAUUGCCGAACGUGACAUUGUCCAGUUUGUCCCCUUCCGAGAUUACAUUGAUCGCACUGGGAACCAUGUCCUGAGCAUGGCACGGCUGGCUAAAGAUGUCCUGGCUGAGAUCCCAGAUCAGUUCAUCUCCUACAUGAAGGGACGUGGCAUCAAACCCAACCCUGCACCACCCCCUUACAGCCCUACAAGCCACACUGUUCAGACUGAGAUCUGAAAACCAGGAGAGAAAGAGAAAAGUACUCAAUAGUAGUGGAUAUGAAACCCAGGUCUGUCUCUUGUAUCGGCUAUCAAUCCUCAAUGCAAUGAUGACACCACGAAAUGAAAAAUCCACACUGCACUUUCCCUGUCAAAAAUCCACUUUGGGAACUGCUGUUUAUGCUGUGAUUUGGGCACAUCCAUAUGCAUACAGGGUGGGACGUGUCCAUCGUGAGAUGCAGCAACCUGGGGGGAAAUGUGGGAUUUGUUUUUAAAAAGGAAAAGCCCACUCUACAGGCCAGCUUCCUUCUUUCCUAUUUGGGGAGCUCACCAAGUUGAGAAGAGUACUUUCUGUCAUAAGGAAGCUGACUUGAUUCAUCAUGCUCAUGACUUGUGUGAUGGAGGAACAAUUUGCCCAAUCUUCCAAGCAUCUUUCGUCUCCCUUUGACUCCACACCAUCUUCUGAAUGACAUGUUUUUAAAUAGCUCCCCACCACUACCUGUAUAGUCCACCUGUAACCUAAAAUCCUUUCCUAUUUGCUUUGUGAUGACUCUGUUUACGGGUUGACCUGGCAGGCUGAAUAUUGUGGUCAAGUAUCCAUGUGAUGUCGUCUCUUGACGCUGCUGGUGUUGCUACUGUUUCUUGUUCUGCAUCCUGUCCUUUGGUUGCUUAACCGUCUUUAUUCUUUGUAAAUCUAUAUUCUUUGGCAAAUACUUGUGCAGGCCUGGAUUGUUGUUUGUUUGUGUGCUUGUAUGAAGUCAUUUUUGUAAUGCCCCUGUUUUCAGAAACCUACUAUUUAGAUUUUGAUACCUGAUAAUUCUAUACAGAGCAUUAAUGAAACGUUCUGAAUAUGGGAGGAGAAAAUACAGUCUGAGCCUGAGUUUUGACCUUAUUGCAGUUUUGCCCAUCUGGUUAGGAGCUGGUCUUCUCAGUCAGGAUAGUCUUGUGGUUUUGUCUCCGAGUUCAUAGGGGGACAUGGAAAGUGGUUUCUCUGCAUUGAUGAAGAAAUAUAAUUUGUGGUUCUAGUUCAUUACACACUUGCUGUGUUGCACUUCAAUGUGUCUUUCCAUUGCUCCUAACCUUGGUAAAACAAAAAACUCCUACAUAAUAUCUCCAGAUUGACCCAAAUCUCAAAACCUUCAUGAAGUUCCAGAGCAAGAACGGGGGUGGUGGCGGCUGUAAUUCUCUAAGUAUUGCAGGAUUGUAAGUCCUAUCAGUCUCAUCCUGUAUGGCCAAUAAAUAAGGAUUGUAGGAGCUAUCACUCAACAAGACCUGGAGGGCUACAGUUUCCCCACCUCUGCUCUGCAGCAAUCAGGCACAGAUUUUGCAAGCAGUUCUCUCUUCCUGGAAAGUCCCAAUUUCGUUUGUAUCUAUUAAUGUCCCUACAUUAAUGCCAUAAACUCAGGGGCAAUUUACACUUUAAACAUAGACAAUUGAAUUCUCAGACAAGUGGGUUACCCAACCCGUUCCAAUGCCCAAAAUUCCAGUCAAAUGGCCCUUUUUGGUUCUGCCUUACCCAUGGAUGAUGAUCUUAUUCCCAGCCUGCAAACAUUUCCAUUAGUGAAAACCCCUUUGGCCCAUAUUGUCUCCCACCUCUCUGUUUUAUCAUCCCUGUCAUUAUCCAACAUCACUACCAAUGCGUGCCCUUCUCUCAUGCAUAACCAUCUCCGUAGCCAGUCCUGCUCAGGCAACAAGGCAGUGAGAAUGGCAAAUCGGCUGCCAUUUGCUACCCUCUCAGGCAGAGCCCCUGCAGCUCUGGAGUGCUACAGAUGCUGUGCAGAGACCUUCUGUGAGACAUGCUUCCUAAACAGAGAGGAGGAGUUUGAUAGCUGGCCUCUCCGAAAAGAAGGUUACCAUGGCAUCAGCAGUGCUCCCUGCUUGACGCCUGAGGAGGCACCCAUCCACCAAAGAACAACGUGGACGGGUGCCUCUUCCUGUGAUGAGAAUGGGCAGAGAGUGCUGCUAAUGCCACCACAUCCUAUUUGAGGAAGGGGGCAUCUGGGGCCAUGUUCUCUCUUUUCCUAGUCAAGAUCAGUGGGUGGUGGGACAUCGGGGCACUGCUACUUCCCCUUAGUAGUUGGGAGGAACUGGAAGAUGGGAACAACUUCUCCUCCUGUCCACCCAAUCUAGUGGUUUGGUAGGGGCAUAUCACCACUACCAUAGCACAGUAUUUGGCAGGCAAUGCUUUGCUGCCCAUCCUAAGCAGUGGGAGAGCUUGAGCCAGGCCUGACCAUUUUCUUCCAUAACACCCACACAGACUCCCAUGUGAACACUGAGGAGAUGCCAGUGCCCUGUGAUAUUGUUUAAUCAGGUCUUAGAAAAUGCUGGAUUAAAAGCAAGAGUCCUAUAAGAGGAAGCAGUAAACGAUGAUGACCCGUGAAUUCCUUCCUGCUGCAACGGGAGAAGCUUCUGAAGAUCCUCAGAUUUGAUAUUCCCUAAUAGCAUUAAUCUCAUUUUCUUCUGUCCCAGCCUAUAGGGGAGCAGGCAGCUGUGUCUCUCUACCUAACAGUAGGUCACACAAUAUAUAUUAAGACUUCGGAAAGAUGGCUCAUGGCAGGCCCAGGCUGGGCUUUGCAAAGCCAAGGCUCGUACACUGAAAAUAUCCACAUGCUUGUUCACACAAACAUUAAAUAGGAAUACCAGUGAGAAACUACAAACCUCUUUUAUGGGUACUGUAUCCUCUGCAAUUGUCAACAUUAUUUUGCUCUAGUCCUUGUCUUACAUAACAAACAGGUGAAAGUGGAACAAGAUCUAGGCCACAGUUAGAUGAAUCUGGUGGCUGGAAUAGAAGGAAAAAUAGUCUGUACCUACAGUAUGAGGGAAAGAUGGAGGGAAAGCUUCAUUUCACCUUCAUGGCCCUAUCAUAGAUACAAAGUACUACAAAAAGGGGCAGCAUAUUUGCAGUCUGCCUUCUCACCCUUUUAGGUGUCUAAGUCGCACUGGCCAUGUGACCACGGACGAUUGUCUUCAGACAAACGCUGGCUCUAUGGCUUGGAAA